GUUGGAAAGAGCAUAAGAUGGCAGGUAUGGAAGGUUACUUCGGCCCUCGCUCUUACAAUCCCAACUCGUCUUUCAGAGAAAUUUACAACGACUUGGAAUAUGAAAGGCAACUCUACCGAGGAACGCAGAGGCCGAACAGCAUAGAUUUGCAGCCAACAUUCCCCAAACAGAUCCCUAACACGGUUUAUGAAGAUGAUGAAUUUAUAUGUUUAGAUGCUCAGAUACAGAAAUUUAUCGGAGUUGGUAUUGGUGUAACUACUCUUAUUACCGAAAAUCUACUUAGUCACCCUUUUCUUGUCUUACGGAGACAAUGUCAGGUGAAUCACAAUGCAAAAAGGUUCCAUCUGGUACCUUUUACGCUUUUCCCUGUGAUCGUGCACUUACAUCGAAGCCAGGGUAUAACGACUUUGUGGAAGGGCAUCGGGAGCGUGCUCCUGAUUAGGGGCAUGGCCCUCGCUGUAGAAGAUAUAGUUUCUAAAGUUACCAAUUGGCCAAAGGAAAUAUCAUGGACUACUGUUUCCUGGAAAACAAUGGGACAGCAUAUUUUACUGAAGUGUAUUACACUGGCUGUUAUCACCCCAUUCUAUUCUGCUAGCCUCGUUGAAACCGUUCAGAGUGAUAUUGCUAGCGAGAAGCCUGGUGUUUUCGAUGUCUUCAGGGAAGGAAUCUAUCGUCUUGUCAAUAUAAGUACUCCUCAAAAAGGAAGGAUGUUACCAGUUUGGAAUCUUGUAGUUCCAACAGUUGUGCAUGGUGCUUUCAAGUGUAUGUUUCAAUCAUUAAUAAAGAAUUUUGCUUCCGCCUGUAUGCAGAUCAACUGCAGGCAAGAGUUUGAAAGAAAGGGAGCUUACCCAAAGGAUUGGAUGAACCAGUCACUGUUACAAGAAAUCGAGGUGACCGCACAGCUGUUGUCAUUGAUCGGCGCUGAUGUUUUAUUCUACCCAUUGGAAACCAUUUUACACAGAUUACAUUUACAAGGAACUAGGACGAUUAUAGAUAACCUUGACAAUGGAUUUUCUGUUGUUGCUAUAUUGACAAGAUAUGAAGGAAUGGUGGAUUGCUAUGACACCACUAUGGCACAGGAAGGUGGUGCCGGUUUGUUCAAAGGCUUUGGAGCAUUGAUCCUUCAGUUUUCUGCACAUUACGCAGUUUUAAAAUUAACAAAGCUCCUGUUCACGCAAGUCGCUACCUUCGUGAAAUCUUCUAGUCCUCCACCUCCUCCAUUAGAAAAACUCAGGACUCCAGUCAAACCGGAGUGUAAUAAGGAAGCAGUUCGGACACCGAUAAGAUAAUCUGCCAUAAAUAUAUGAUCUAGAAAAUUUUUGUAAAUUGUGUAUCAUUUUGUUGCUUGUAAAUUACUUACCUUUAGUGUGUUUUUAUUUGAAUUUUAAUUGUGUGAAAGAUAUUUUAUUGUCAUUUUAUUUAUUUUGUUAAUAAUCCUGUUAUUUUAAUAUAAUGUAUUUAUUCCACGCUCUCCACAUAACAAUUUGUUAAUUUCGCUGAAAGCAUUUAGCUUCUUAAUUUUUUCUAAUGUAUAUACCAUCCAUGAUUUUUAUUGUAU